AUGAGACGAGACAACGAUGGAGGGACACAUGUGACUCCCAACAAGUUUCAUGACAGCAUUAAAGAGUUCCUACAAAAUCUUGCUGCGAAUUGUCAACGAACACAAUUUACUAUCGAAGAUAUUUGCUUUAGUUCCAUAGCUGCAGCUGAAGAACAACAGCUCAUUGAGAUAGCCUUAGCUCACAAUUGUCUCGUACAAACGAAAAUUGGCUCAACGAAUACAAGUUAUACAGUUCCAGUUUCAUGCUUAAGUAAAGAUGAUGCAGAAGUUAUUCCGGCUGCUAUGUCGAUUGAUAUUCGAAUUGGUGAUCUUGCAACACAAACAGUCGACAUGGUUGUUGUUUGUUCAACGUCACAGAAUCUUAUGAAUGAUAUCUGUAAAAAGGCUGGCAAGCCUGUAGCAGACGAAGUGAAUGCAGCUACUCAAAUGGGCAAAAUUAUGAGUGAAGGUUAUGAAACAGUAGGUGGAAAAUUAUUUUGCCAGAAACUCUUUUUUCUACCUUGGACAACGAAAAAACUCGAUGAUAUAACUUUACGUCGGUCAAUACAAAAGUUUUUUCAAACUGCUAUUCAUUAUGCAGUAAAUACAGGGAGAACUUCUCUAGCAUUUCCUGCUCUUGGUUGUGGCGAAUUGAAUUACGAUCCUUCUACGAUAGCUGAAAUAAUACUUGAUGAAACUCAGAUAUAUGCAAAUUAUAAUCUACAAAUAUUGAUCGUACUUCUUCCGGAGAAGACUGAAAAUUAUAAAGCAUUUUGUUUCAAAUUAGCUGAAUUACGACAAAAAAAACAAAUUCUACCUGAAGUUAAUCGAUCAAAUGACAAAUUAAAACUUUUAGGACCGAAAGAAGAAGUCAAGGAAGCACAAAUAGAAUUUUAUCGAUUGAAAAGUGUUAAAGCUGAAGAAGCACGCAUUGCAUCUUAUGCUCGAGUUGCCGUCUGGUUAUUCGAAAUAGAAAAUAAUACUUUUGAAAAAUAUUCACUGAAAUUAAAUGCAUUGUUUGAAACGGCACUCGAGCAUAACAACGAAGUGGUAAAUUUUAGAAACGAUAACAAUGAAGAUUGUAAAAUAAAAUUGAAAGAAAAAAUUGAGAUAUGCGGAAAUCGACAGCGUCGAGUUAUUCGAAGAGAUUUUCAGAUACCACAUAAUUGGACGGCUCAGUCCGAUAAUGUUCUACGUUGUGUAUUAGAUUCGAAAGACGAAGAAUAUACAAAAUUUGCAGGAGUUGCACACGGAGUUGGUGUAUAUUUUUCAACCGAUGCUUCAUACAGUCACGGCUACACCUCUGUGAGUCCAACGACUCAUCGACGUUGUAUGUUUUUGGCAAAAGUACUUGUCGGUAAAGCUGCAUCAGGCAACAGCAAAAUGAGGACUCCACCAGCUGGUUAUGAUUCGACAACAGAUAACAAUCAUAUCUUUGUGACUUAUCAUGAUGAUCAAGCAUAUGCUGCAUAUCUCAUCACAUACAAAAGUCCUGGUAAUUGA